CAACCUGAUAAAAUCUAAAGAACAAGUAAGACUUAGCAACAAAAACAUCUUCCUUAGUUGUUGGAGUUUACACCCUUUGGAAAUUCCGAGAAAAGAGUUAAGAUCGUGUCAGACUUUAUGUAUUACCAAAACCAGCACCAAGGAAAGAGUAUCCUCUCUUCUUCAAGAAUGCACUUACCUUCUGAGAGACAUCCAUUCCUUAGAGGAGGGAAUAAUAGUCCAGGAGAUUCUGGUCUCAUCCUUUCAACCGAUGCAAAGCCACGCUUAAAAUGGACUCCUGAUCUUCAUGAGAGAUUCAUUGAAGCAGUUAAUCAACUCGGUGGAGCUGACAAAGCUACUCCUAAAACAAUCAUGAAAGUCAUGGGUAUUCCAGGGCUUACCUUAUACCAUCUCAAAAGUCAUCUUCAGAAAUACAGGCUGAGCAAGAAUCUCAACGGACAAGGUAACAGCGGCUUAAACAAAAUAGGUAUGAUAACCAUGAUAGAAGAAAAGAGCCCUGAUGCUGACGAAAUUCAAAGCGAGAGUUUAAGCAUUGGACCACAGCCAAACAAGAACUCACCUAUAAGCGAAGCACUCCAAAUGCAAAUAGAGGUCCAAAGAAGGCUUCAUGAGCAACUAGAGGUACAGCGACAUUUGCAGCUCAGGAUAGAGGCUCAAGGGAAGUACUUGCAAUCAGUUUUGGAGAAGGCACAAGAGACUCUUGGAAGACAGAACCUGAGUCCAGCUGGGAUCGAAGCUGCCAAAGUUCAGCUCUCCGAGUUAGUAUCCAAAGUAUCAGCAGAGUACCCAAACACUAGCUUCCUGGACUCAAAAGAGUUUCAAAACCUAUGCCCACAACAGAUGCAAACAGCUUAUCCACAGGAUAGUUGCUUGACCUCGAGCGAGGGAGCUCAGAAAAACCCUAAAAUGCUAGGGCUAAGAACAUAUCUUGGUGAUUCAACAUCCGAGCAGAAAGAGGUUAUUGAAGAGCCAUUGUUCCAAAGAAUGGAGCUCACGUGGACUGAAGGUUUAAGAGGGAAUCCAUAUCUUUCAACAAUGGUUAGUGACGCUGAACAAAGAAUCUCAUUGGGAGUAGGAAUGCACGGACACAGAGGUCAUCAACAAGGCAACAAUGCGUAUAAUAAAGAAGAAAGAUUCAAUGACAAGAGUGAGGAUCAUAAGCUUGAAACACAAAGCACAAAGACAGAGCUAGAUCUUAACACACAUGUUGAAAACUAUUGUACAACGGGUCCCAAACAGUUCGACUUGAAUGGUUUUAGCUGGAACUGAAAAGGAUUUUAACCAAAGGGUUAAAGAUACAUCUUGAAUCAAGAUUCUUGAGGAUAAUGUACCACACAAUUCAUUGUUA